AUGCCUAUGCCACAUUAUUUGUCAACGUCCUAAUAGACUUUGAAAGAAUACAGUCUGGUCGACUCUGAUUAUAACGAAUCUUGGAUUAUUCAUUUUUCUACAAAUACAGAAGAACUUAGCUUACUUGCUUUUCAUAUUUGACAGAAAACAGUUUUUUUUAUCAACACAAGUGAAAAAUAGGAGCAAAUGAGCGAUAAUUGGAGCUAGUUUUGUCGUAUCAUCAGAUGGCCGAUCAAGAAAAAAUGAUCAAUUGCCUGAAAGCUGAUGAAGCUUGUCAUAUGACCAGUGAUGAUGUCUUACACUUAAUGAGAUCAGAUAUUCAACAUGGUUUGAGUCAUAACGAUGCUGCUGUUCGGCAGCGAAUCCAUGGACUAAAUGACUUCGAAAUCAAUGAAGAUGAACCACUAUGGAAAAAAUACUUAAGUCAAUUUAAAGAUCCUCUAAUAAUGUUGCUUUUAGGUUCAGCUAUCGUUAGUUUGUUUAUGAGGCAAUUUGAUGAUGCAAUUAGUAUUACUGUUGCAAUUAUUAUUGUCGUUACUGUUGCUUUUGUUCAAGAGUAUCGCUCUGAAAAGUCCUUGGAGGCUCUAACUAAACUUGUGCCUCCAAAAUGCCACUGUCUCAGGAAUGGAAAAUAUGAAACAUUCCUUGCUCGAGAGCUUGUACCUGGUGAUAUUGUAUCCUUAUCUACUGGUGAUCGAGUUCCUGCUGAUAUAAGAAUAUUCGAGGCUUUCGAUCUGGCUAUUGACGAAUCCUCUUUCACUGGGGAAACUGAACCGGCCAGAAAAUUAACAGAAUCUCUGCGAGGGGAAAAAGCAUUUAAUGUAACUGAUAUGCAGAAUAUAGCUUUCAUGGGUACAUUAGUAAGAUGUGGGAAUGGAAAAGGGGUAGUCAUUGGUACGGGUGAUAAUUCCGAAUUUGGGGAAAUAUUUCGAAUUAUGAAGGCAGAAGAACCGCCGAAAACGCCAUUACAAAAAUCUAUGAGUCUUUUGGGGAAACAGCUGUCGGCUUAUUCUUUUAUAGUAAUUGGACUAAUUAUGGUAACUGGUUGGAUUCAGGGACGUAAAUUGCUAAAGAUGUUUAAUAUAGGAGUUUCUUUGGCGGUUGCUGCAAUUCCAGAAGGUCUUCCGAUUGUUGUAACUGUGACAUUGGCCAUUGGUGUGAUGAGAAUGGCGAAAAAGAAAGCUAUAGUAAAAAAAUUGCCGAUUGUAGAGACGCUCGGCUGUGUUAAUGUGAUUUGUUCCGAUAAAACAGGAACGUUAACAAAGAAUGAAAUGACUGUUACAAGAAUAGUGAGUUCAGAUGGAGAUGAAGCCGAGGCAACCGGAUUAGGUUAUAGUGGAACGGGACAAGUUGUAUGUCGUGGUGAAACGGUCAACCCAGAAAAUCAUCCUUCACUUGUUAAAAUUGUUGAAAUUGGUGUCAUUUGCAAUAAUGCUCAAAUUGUUGAUGGUGAACUUCAUGGUCAGCCAACUGAGGGAGCUAUUCUGGCAGCAGCAGUUAAAAUGGAUAUGUAUUCCAUUCGAAAUCAAUAUAUUCGCCUUCAAGAAUGGCCCUUUAAUUCGGAUACUAAGAUGAUGACUGUAAAAGCCGCUGUUCGUGGUAAUGAAGAUGCUCAGACUUAUUUUGUGAAAGGAGCUGUUGAGAGAAUACUGCAACAUUGUACUAAAUUUAAUGAACGAGGAGUUCUUAGGCCAUUAACAAAUCAACAGUACAAUUUGUUUGUGUCUCAGGCUAAAAAUAUGGGAAGGAGUGGCUUGAGAGUUUUAGCAACUGCCUACGGAUCUUCAAUGAGUGAUUUAGCUUUUGUUGGCUUAAUUGGAAUGAUUGAUCCUCCCAGAGAGGGAGUUAAAGAAGCUAUCACAAUAUUACAAGAAACUGGUGUUGAGAUAAAGAUGCUCACAGGCGACAGUGAAGAAACUGCUGUUUCAAUUGCUAAUCGUCUAGGUCUAAAGUCAAGGAGAACGCUAUCUGGGGAGGAAGUUGACUCCUUAAGUUUUGAGGCACUUACAGCUUCGCUAAUUGAAUCUACUGUAUUAUAUCGAGUUAGUCCAAGACAUAAACAUGUUAUCAUUAAGGCACUACAAUCAACUGGCCAAAUUGUCGGUAUGACUGGGGAUGGAGUAAAUGAUGCUGUUGCUCUGAAAAGUGCUGAUAUUGGGAUAGCAAUGGGCAGGAGUGGGACAGAUGUUUCCAAGGAAGCAGCUGACGUGAUUUUAGUUGAUGAUAAUUUAAGAACAAUGGAAGCAGCCAUGGAAGAAGGAAAAGCCAUAUUUCAUAAUAUAAGAAAUUUUGUUAGAUUUCAAUUGUCAACUAGUAUUGCAGCUUUAACAUUAAUUACCAUUUCGACUUUUGCAAAUUUGCCAAAUCCUCUAAACGCCAUGCAAAUUUUAUGGAUAAACAUUAUUAUGGAUGGCCCCCCCGCCCAGUCUUUGGGUGUUGAGCCGGUGGAUGAUGAUACAAUCAAGCAACCACCGCGCAAAGCCACAGAAUCAAUUAUAACUAGACCCUUAAUGACAAAUGUUCUACUCUCUGCGACUAUUAUUGUUAGUGGAACUCUCUGGGUGUUUUGGCGAGAAAUGGCAGAUAAUAAAAUUACUCCACGCGACACUACAAUGACUUUUACUUGCUUUGUUCUAUUCGAUAUGUUUAAUGCUCUAUCUUGUAGGUCUCAGAAAAAAUCUAUUUUGCAGCUGGGAUUUACGACGAAUCGAACUUUUUUAUUGGCAGUCGGUGGUAGUUUGUUGGGACAGCUAUUGGUCGUCUACUUUCCCCCUCUACAACGUACAUUUCAAACUGAGGCACUAUAUAUAACUGACUUUAUCUUUUUGAUAACCCUAACGUCAUCGGUUUUUAUUGUCUCUGAGGUCAAAAAAUGGUUCGAGAGGGUUUAUUCAGUUAAAAGAGACAGAUUUGAGCGAAUACCUUCUGAUUACGUGUAG